GCACAAGACUUCAGCUAACCACAAACCACACGGGGGUGGGAGGCAGCGAAUCACUCAAAGACCAAGUUACCCUUUUCCAUCAAAGAGGAAUGGGAGAAGUAGAUUUGUAGAGAGAGAGAGAAAGAUCUCCGCCGCAUCGGAGCUGCAGCCGCCCUACUAAUACCUCUUUCUCUCUUUCUCUCUCGCCGCCGCGACAAUCAUCCCAUUCUGUAUUCCCAUCCAAAACUUACACACGCAUAUCUUUCGGAUAUAGUCGUUUCCCCUCGUCUCCAACAGGAAGAGGAGAGAACAAUAUUGCCGACUUUUAUUAUUUAUUGCGAAGCCAUAGGAUAUUUUGCUAGGCUUUUGUUGAAACCCUAGCUUAGAGAUUUAGAGAGAAGAGAUUGGAGAGGAGAUAUGGCGCAGAAUGGGCAGGGAAUAGAGCCUGCUCUUUUGGAUGAUAUAAUCAACCGGCUGUUGGAGUUCAGGAACGCCAGGACUGUACGGCAGGUUCAGCUCUCCGAGAACGAGAUCCGCGCUCUCUGUAACACUUCUAGAGAAAUCUUCCUUCAGCAGCCCAAUCUCUUGGAGCUCGAAGCCCCUAUUAAGAUCUGCGGUGACAUUCAUGGGCAAUAUGGUGACCUUCUGAGGCUUUUUGAAUAUGGUGGGUUCCCCCCUGAGGCCAACUAUUUGUUCUUAGGGGACUAUGUGGACCGUGGGAAACAGAGUUUGGAAACAAUAUGCCUUCUACUUGCAUACAAAAUCAAGUACCCUGAAAACUUCUUCCUUUUAAGGGGGAAUCAUGAAUGCGCUUCAAUUAAUCGGAUAUAUGGGUUCUAUGAUGAAUGUAAGCGUCGAUUUAAUGUGAGAAUAUGGAAAACUUUCACCGAGUGCUUCAACUGUCUCCCGGUAGCUGCUCUCAUUGAUGAUAAAAUACUCUGCAUGCAUGGGGGUCUUUCUCCAGAUCUAACAAAUUUAGAUCAAAUUAGGAACAUACCUCGCCCGACCGAUGUUCCAGAUUCUGGUUUGCUUUGUGAUUUACUUUGGUCUGAUCCUAGUAGAGAAAUUAAAGGUUGGGGAAUGAAUGACAGGGGAGUAUCUUACACUUUUGGGCCUGAUAAGGUAGCAGAAUUCUUGAUGCAGCAUGAUAUGGACCUUGUCUGCCGUGCACACCAGGUCGUAGAAGAUGGAUAUGAAUUUUUCGCUGAUAGGCAGCUUGUAACAAUAUUCUCUGCUCCCAAUUACUGUGGUGAAUUUGAUAAUGCUGGUGCUGUAAUGAGUGUUGAUGAAAGUCUAAUGUGCUCUUUCCAGAUUUUAAGGCCUACGGAUAGAAGGCCUAGGUUUUUAUAAAAUGCAAGCUCAUUAAUGCUGGCUUUCCUUGAUUAGCACCACAGAGUAUAAGUUAUUAUGGAGACGGACUAUCUGGACAAGGAUGCUGGUUUUUUGAAAACUGGACAAAUGAAAGUAUUGUUGAUUCAGAGGGAUAAGGAUCUUUGUUUUAACUUUUAAAAUAUUUGCAUUCGGGUGAGAAUUUAUAUGACUCUUAACCACUAUAGUUUGGUGCAAUUGUUUCCGGGGUGUCCACCCUCAAGAGACUACAACAUUUAGGAUCUCGGGCUUUUUCUUACAUUUUUUUUGAAUUUUGUGGUACAAUUCAUGAUUUGACUGUGUAAAUACAAUUGGAUAUGUAAAUUGCGAUGGCAGUGUAGUUUUAUUACUGUGUUGUGAUUUGGCUGCCCCUUACUAUCUAUGCCUAUUUGUGUGCAAUUUGUGGGUAAGCUGUUUGAAUCAAAGUUUAUA